AGGACUGUUCGGGGUCAAAGAUUGCAAAGAUUUUGUUUUCUUUCCACCAUCUUCCUGGCAUUUUGUGGAAUUGGACACAAACUGGAAUAUAUUUCAGUCUUGCGUCAGUGGGGAGAACAGAGAGAGCUUUUGCAGAGAGCUGAGUAGCGAAGACAGAGGAGGGUAGAGGUACGCUGGAUGGGGGCCACAGCCGGGCCUGAUGGCAGGAGCCCAGAACACAGAGAGCUCUAAUCACGUCCUCUAGGGGCCUUCAGGGUGCUACAGUUCACGUGGAGACACUGAAAAGGUUGUGUGCCCAUGAGGUCGUCCAUGCUGGUCCUGCUCCUCUUCUUCAGUGCCCAGGCUGUGGCCUCCAUCAGAGGAGACUUGUGUACUGCUACGACGGCACAGCAGCAGCAGGAUCCAGGUGACGACAUUAACUCCAUCCCCACAGUGGACCCCAAACUUUUCACAAAGCGCCACUACCUCUCACCCAGGGUGCUGUUCAGUGCUCAGCCCCCUGAUGCAGAGCCUUCAGCGUCACACGGUGCCAGUAGAAGGAACCGCAGACGGGCAGGACAACCUCAGCACCGCGGGGUGUACUCGGUGUGUGAAAGCAUCAGCGUCUGGGUUGGCAACAAAACCAAGGCCACGGACAUCUCAGGCAACGAGGUGACAGUUCUUCCAAAUGUGAAUAUCAACAAUGUCAACAAGAAGCAGUACUUCUUCGAGACUACGUGUCAUAGCACUCGUUCAGGCAGCUCAGGCUGUUUGGGAAUUGAUGCGCGACACUGGAACUCCUACUGCACCAACUCACACACUUUUGUACGAGCGCUGACGUCAUUCAAAAAUCUGGUGGCGUGGAGGCUCAUACGCAUCAAUGUGGCCUGUGUGUGUGUCCUCAGCCGCAAGUCAUGGCGGCAGUGAAAGACAUUAAACGCAUAUCUCACAAAAACAGCCUCACACACUAUCUCAAAUGUCAGUAAAAUUGGAUUUGGAUAUUUUCCAGAGUUUGGUGUGCACAUAUGAAGAAUGCAACAGGAGAUUGUUUGGGUCACAAUGUUCACAACAGCAGGAGAAUUUAUGUAACAUUCAAGCAAAAAGGUUGGAGCCUAGGUUGAACAUGCUGGAGGCAAGACACUCACCCACUCACUCACUCGCUGUGAUUUUUCCAGAGAUUUUCCUGUUUUACUCCCUCAUCGGCUCACUUGGAUGUUCUCCAGAAAUGUGACUCGAGGGCUGGCAGGAAACGUUCUGGAAAAAUUCCAAAGCAUUAUCUGUGGACAUCUGUGGACCCUCAUACAGGCCCUGCGGAAAAUUUUAGGAAAAUGUCCAAACUUCAGUGCGUGUCUGAAAGCAGCUACACAGACAUACCCAUGCAGGUAGCUGUGACUCUCUCUGCAUAACUUAUCACCCAAGACUUCUCACUCUGCACACAGUAAAUUAUUGCUAUUUGUAUCAGGACUGCAUGUACUGUAUAUACACCAGACCUGGGUCAAAUAGUAUCUGCAGUUGGUUUGUAGCAAUUUGUUACCUAUUUACAACAAAUUGCAGGGAUGUUGGGAGUCUCACUUAGCAACAGAUUAUUUUAGCUGUAGUUUAUAAGUGAGCUAAAUUGAACCUGACUCUUUUCAAGCAAAUCUUUGAUGUGCUGUUGCCGUAGCACACACAUCAUAAUAAAAGUAGUUUUUGUUUUUUUUUGAUGACAUGUUAUUGUGCAUUCACAAAAAGGGGGAAAGAAGUUUGUUUGUAAGUUUGACUGCAGAAUUAUUUGUGUUUACUUGUAAAGGGGGUAGAGUGCAGAUGUUCUGAAUAUCUGCACGGCACUGGGGUCUUUUUACACUGAUUCUGUCCGAUCUCAGCGCUGGCGGGCCUUCACCCACGUUGCACCAUGCAAAUUUUACAUUUGCAUCCAAAUAUUUCAAGUCAAGCAAGUGAAGCAAAUAAAGCAAACUUUGCAUCAUUGCGUGAUUCAUGUUGCCCAGCACGAGUGAUGCAAACUUCAUGUCUACUUGCAUCUUUGCAUUUAGGGUGUGUUCACAUUACCCCGAUGAAAUGAUUCACUUCUGAUUUAGCCAUCUAUGAAUGCAAGGAACGUCUGUCUGUCAAUCACAUAACUGUCAACAAACAAGUUGCUUUACAGGCUUUUAAACUGAAAAGGUGACGUACUAAGGGCACCAAUGUGUGCAGCACUGACACUGGCAUUGUUUGGAUAAGAAAUGCAAAGGAAUGGGUACUAGCACUGCACUAGAUCUGUUAAUGUGACUCAGACAUCCAGACAACCACACGAGGACCGCCUCUUUGCCAACUGCAUUUUGCCAUUCACAUACUGUAUGAUGACCACAGUGGGAGAUUGACUGGGUCUGAAGCAUUCACAUCAGCAGGCUGAACAUGGCCUCACUCGACCAUUAGGAGAAAUUACAGCGACUGCCUGGACUGACUUUUGCGGACAUUUAUGCUCUCACAUUCAGCUCCUCUGGAUGAUCUUCAGGAAGUCUCUUGACUUUAGUGCAUGUCUGUAAACAACUUGGAAAAACCCAUGGCACUAACCAAACACUCUAGAACAGUGCCAGCUGUAAGGAUAUAGAGCUACUCCAUAUGGAUUUUAACUAAGGUAAUUCAAUGGCAGCAAUUUUAAGCCUCACAUACAAUGACCUCUAGUGGUAUUUUGAUAAUAACAUCAGGACAUAGCAGCUGGACCACGUCAGGCUGAACCAUGGGUUCAGUUUAAGCUGCAGCUCCAGGGGAAGCAGUGCGGGGUUUGGGAGAUCAGAGAGCAUUCUGAAGAUAGAAACCACAUAAGUUGUCACAGAGCAAGAGCCCCUAACUAUGCUAGCACAACAAUACAAUCAGGAUAAUUAUAGUACUUUUCUGCCACAGUUCUAUUUUCCUUAAGCGAAUCCAGUCACUCUUUAAGUCUGCAACCCACAUUUGGAAAUAUAAUUUGACCCAGGUCUGAUAUAAGCAAAACCUUUUAUUAAAAUGUUGUUUUUGACAUUGUUAUUUAUUAAACACUCCCAUACAUGCACUGUAUGCCUCAUGAAGUUUGUUGUAUGAAAACAAAGCCUGUUUUUUCCCCCCCAAGUCUCAACAUGAGGAAGAAUUGUGUUCUUUUGGCCUCAAUGAAAAAAAUUAAGUGAAAACCCAUAUGGCUUCAGUUAACCAUCAGUAAUUUGGUGUUUUGGCUUUUCUUUGUGUUUUCCUCCUGCUCUUCAUUCUACAGACGAUAUGAAGCAAAAAGGGGAAAGGCAUAAACAUAAAAAGGUUUGUCUGUGAUUCAUCACUCCAGCUCUAGCUGAUAACAUCAAGGUUUGCCAUUUUCUUUGAUUUGGCAGUGACAUUUCAGCAUCAUGAGUGCUCUACAGAUUAUACUACAGGCAGACUGUUGGUAUAAGGUGAAAUUCUUUAGGCUUGUAGCCCACUUAUGUAUCACAACUGACAUUUUAAGUGUGCAAUGUGAGCUUGUGAUGGCGGCAAAAGAAGACAAAAGGGGCAGCUGCGGAAAUGAUAUUCCUAGAAAACUAGAGGUGUUGACCUAUCAUUUGUAUGGAUACAUUCCAUAAUAUAUGAAUGUAACUGCAUUAGUUUACUACCAACUGUGUUUGCCUCAAAGUGGUUACUGCACUGACAAAAAACAUUAGUGCAACACUGACCUCUAGUGGUUGAAAGUUGGCAAACGUCUAAUAUGAUCUCAAA